UCUCAGCAGUCCAUCUUCCGUUCCGCCGCUUCGAUGGCCUCCGCCACCGUCGAACCGCCAUCAGGCCGACUCACGCUGGAGUCGAUCGCCGACAUAGAUCUCCGCUUUUUCACCCAAUCGGAGCUCUACGCCCUCUCCUUGUGCUCUGACAGCGCCUUCGAUCCGCGCCGGUGCGACGAUGUCGUCAUCCCCAAAAUCGACCGCUCCGUCUUCAAUGAGUCUGCCGGAAGCCGCAAGCAGACCUACUCUCGCCUCCGGCUGGCCCCUCGCAAGCCGGAAUCAACCUCCCCCGCCACCCCCUCCGCGAUCCCCCGCCGCACCCCUCACCUUCGCGUUCCCAAAUCCGGUGCCAGUUCCGCUGACGAUGCCGACCCCGAACGAGCGGAAAACUCGAAAAUCAUCGGUCUCUUGAAAGAACUCUUCGCCGCGGAAAGCAAAGGCGGCGAUUUAGUACCCGUUCGGGUUGAGUACAGCGAUGCGGUGCCCCAGUUGCCGAAUUUGGGGAACGCCGUGCAGAAGAGGAAGCGAGGGAGGCCGCGCAAAAAUGAAAAUCUGGUGGUGGCGGCCAUAAAACCGGAGGAGGUUGUGACGGUGAAGGUGCGGGCCGAGGGCGAUAACGUCGUUGAGGACAGGGAUAAGGAAAUUGUGAACAAGAACGGGGAUGUUGUGGAUUUGAGGGCUUUGGCGAGUUUAGAGGAUCCUUACGGUGCUGAAUUACGCAGGAGGACUGAGAAUUUGAAGACUGAGGAGGAGUUGUUAGGGUUUUUAAGCGAGUUGAAUGGGUAUUGGGCAAGUAGGAGGAGGAAGAAGAAGAUUGUCGAUGCAAAUGAAUUUGGACAUGCACUACCUAAGGGGUGGAAGCUGGUGCUUUCCCUCAAGAAAAAAGAAGGCCGUCUCUGGUUAUUUGUUCGACGAUACAUAAGCCCAAAUGGACUGCAAUUUGCAUCAUGCAAGGAAGUUUCAUCGUAUUUGCUUUUGUUUUCUUCACCGCAAGAUGCAAACCAGCCAAACUAUGGUCAAACAAACGAGAGUUCUGAGUUAACCUAUAAAGUGAGUUGUGGAAAUGAUACAGAUGUUGCUGUCAAAGAAAUCAAUGAAAGAGCAGACCUUGUUUGCCAUUCACCAUCAAUUAUUACUGAUUUCUCAAAUGAUCAUAAAAAGCUAGUGUUUUCAGAGGUAGGGAAUUCUGGCAACAUUCAAAUGGGAGGUACUUUAGAGUGUGACAAGUGCCCCAUGACUUUCAGUGGUAAGGAUGAGUUCUUGCAACAUCAGUUGUCAUCCCAUAGGAGAAAAAGAUCAAGAAUAGGUACAUCUAUCACUGAUGGGGUGAUAAUCAAAGGUGGACAAUAUGAAUGCCAGUUUUGCCACAAGACAUUUAAUGAAAGGAACCGUUACAAUGGCCAUGUUGGAGCCCAUAUAAGACACCAUAUGAAGAGUGAUGAAGCAUCACCAGGUGUUCCAGGCUUGCAACCUAGUAUUGACCCUGCAUCCUCUUCUGGAGUUCCUCCAAAGGAGCUUAUUUUGCAUACAUCCUUCAGAGAUAAUUAUGAUGCUGUAACUUUUAAUGCUAAAGCGGAAAGUGAGAUGCAGUCCGUUUCUGCUCAAGAUAAAUUUAAAGCUGGUUCAUAUGUGGAAGAAAGUUAUAAUGAGACACCAGUUUAUGAAGUUAAAGUUUUGUCAAAUUAUGAUUUGGACUCAAAGUCUGACAUAAAUGAAAGGAGUCACAGUCUAUCAGAUGUAGAAUUGUGCACUAAGCAUAAAAGAGAAAGUGAGAUGGAUAAUUGUUCGAAUAGGGUUGGUCAGGCUGAUAAUGAGGCAGCUAAAUUGAAUUUUGUUUUGGAAUCUGAAAAUGCUAUGCCUGAAAAUGAAAUUGACACUAAUGGUGAAAGUGCUACCAGCAUAACAAAUGACCCCCUUGUUGCAUGUGGAGGAAGUUUAGAACCCUGUCCAUUUUCUCCUGCUAAUGAGAGUGCCUGUGGUUCUGAAAUGAAUGUGGAAGGGGAUUCUGUAAGUCCACAGAAGCCAAAACCAGAAACAGAUUCAAAAAACAUUUCCCUUAAUUUUCAUGGUAAUAAUGAAAGAGGCGGUAUAAAAAAUGUGAAGGUCAUGCAUUUUGCUAGCCCAGUGGAAAGGUUUAAACUUGACAUGGAGCAAAUUGAGAAUAAGCUAAACGAUGGUUUUUGCAGUAGCAGUGCUGGACCAGAUGAGGUUGUUACUCAAGAAAAGCAGAACAGUGGUUCUGUGGCUUGUUCACCAGUUCCAAUCAGUAAUGACCAAAUAUGUAAGGGUCCUGAUAAUAUAAAUGCACUUUCUACUUCUGCACAGGCAGAGUGCAAUCAAAAGAGAGUUUCUGAAACAACUAAUUUGGAAAAUUGUUGCAUCAAAGAUAUCUACUCCGUUUCUACAAAUUUUGUGUCCAAGAACAAGAUCAAUCCAAUAGAUAACAGUGGAAACAAGAAUGUUUUUAUUGGUUGCAGUGCUGGCCAACCUGAACUAGACAAGGGUGCUAUCACUAGGGUUGAUAAUCCAGAUAGCUGUUUGAUAGUUCCAUUUUGGAAAGAGCAAUUAUGUGAUGUGGAAGGUAGGGGGAGUGCGAUUUCUGUUCAAAAAAUGCAGCAAGGGCAGGAAAGAGGUUCUGAAAGCAGUUCACACAUUUUAUCUAACAAUGAGCGAGUCCAUGGCAUAGAAAAUCAUGCUGGUAAUAUUUCUACUAGAAAAAUGGAGAACCCUGAGCUUGAGGAAGUCCAAAGUUACAAGAACAAUCUCAUGUUUAACGUCAGUGAUCAUGGACUGGACACACAGGGAAGAAGUCUUCAAUUUGGUUCACUUGCGCUGUCAGGGAAUGUUCAAGCAUUUGCUGAAGAGAAUAUAACUGGGUUUUGCAAUAACACGGGGAAUGAGCUGCCUAAUCAAAUAGAUGGUUCUACUAAUAGUUUGCUUGCACAAUCUUGUACAAGAACAGCCUUUGCGUACAAUAUGAAUAGUCUUUCUAGUACUUCUAUUGGGAGCCCUAAACGUGAUAAAGUCCAAACAUCCAGUGAUAAUGAGCUAGUUCUUGCUUUUGGUAACAGUGCCACUGUUAUUGAUGAUGUUAUGAACAAUGUUCCUAUUGAACAAACAUUUGGUUUCAACCCCACCCUGUGUGGGGAAAACAAUAGAACAGGGAACGUUCCUGAACAGCAAGGCAGUUUACUUGGUUUAUCUUCUUAUGCCAAACCAUGUGUUGGUGAAAAUAAUUCGAACAGGGUUCACACUAGCAGAGUUUUGGAAAGGCCUAUGAUAAAUGAUGCUAUAAGCUCUGGUUAUGACAAAUUAACGAUUGGUUUUGGCAGCUGUGAUACCCAAUCAGAUAAGGAUGUCAUGCCUAGUCAUAUGUGGAGAACUGGUGAAGCAAAUGUUUUGCAGAGUUCUCCAGCUAAUAAUUCAAGCUGUCUCCCUGCCUUCAGAAUAAUUUCAGAUAAGGGUGAGAAUGAGUUCCUUGGUGGUAAUGGGAAGUAUGGCAGCAUGACUGGAUUUGAAGGUACACAAUCUGGUCAUACCGGGCAUGUGGAGUUCAGCUUCCUAACUACCCAAAAUUUGAACUCUCUUCCUGGAGACUCAAAGUCUUUGUCAUAUAACACACAGAUGGGCCAAGGGUUUGAUUCCUCAUUUUGGCUUGAUAAAGAUGCUUUAUCACUGAAUAUAUCUUCCAGGAAUCUGGUUACUUCUACAUGUGUCUGGUGCAGAAGUGAGUUCCAUCAUGAGCCUUUACCUACUGGAACACAAACUAGUGGUAUUGGUUCCAUGUGUCCAACCUGCAGUGCAAAUGUUUCCCAGCGGUUUAAUGUCUUCUAAUGUGGUUUGUCCUCAGCAAACUCCACCAGCUACAAAUACUUGGUUUUUGUUUUUCAAUGUUGUACGAAGAUAGGAUCGUUGACCUCUUGGGGCUAAGGUAUUCUUUCUUCUUAAUAUGAAGUAACUGCAUGGGGUCUUGAUCUCUUGAUGUUUAGGUAAUUCUUUCUUCUUAAGAUGAGGAGCUUGAUCUGAGUCUACCUGGCUUAAUUGUUUUCAUGGUAACAAGAAUUGUUUGUUAUAAGUAGAUGAGCUGUGUAACCCAGUAUUGCACUUUCUUUGCAAAUGGUAGUUGUGUUCUUGAUUUAGUAUGCUAUAGGUAUUAUGUACUUAGGUAUAGAAUAUAGGGGUAUAAUGUGAAUGCAUACUUAACAUAUUCUAUUUUAGUUUAAAUAGAAAUAGAGGCAGCCAUAUUUUGUUAUCCA